AUGUCACUUUAUGAUCAGGUGAGGCAGGGAUUUGCUAAAGUGAUCCAAAUAGCCUCUGAUAAUACCAUAUAUGAUUCCUUUCCAGAAUGCUCUUUCUUGUCUACAACCAAUGUGAUUUCCAUAAAACCAGCGAACCAGGAACAAAUCGAUAUUUUUUGCCGCAAAUUAGGAUUUCAUGGUGUUGAAGAAUUCAAUAUAAAGUUUCAUUUACGGGAUGAAACAGGGCGGAAAAGAAUCGUUAUAGAAGCUGACCUCGUUUCAGUUCAUCCCACUCAAAUAUUCUUUUUUUUCGGUCGUGGAUUCGUAAUCAAUAAAACUGAUGGCAGUCACAUAAUGGAAAUAAAACUUCCAAAAAAUUCACCUGAUACAAUUGGCAAAAUCGUGCAUCCGUCACAGGCAACAUUAUACAAGAUUUUCAAGAAAAAUGAUGGAGAUUCACCUGUUAGUUAUGAAGUGCGCAAAAUUGAUGACAAUAAACCUUCAAUAAUCAUUGAAAAGGCUUCUGUAUCAAUUUAUUCGAUAGCAAAAAUGAUAGGAAUCUUAGAUGCAGAAUCAGUGUACCAGUUCCGUUCAUCUAAUAGAAUUAUUAUUGGUCAUCUUCGACCUAAACUCUCCUUUUCUGGCAAGACCAUGAUCAUUAAAUUUGCAAGAACUCAGCCUGAUCCGCAACUAAGGGCAGCAGUAAUUGGUGCCUCGCUGCUGCUUACUCUUAUUGAUGUGCAUCCAAUUUUAAAACAAGCUUGGGAAAAAACAAUCGAACUUGCUCGAUUUGAUUUUUAG